CCUGCAGCUUCUGCUUCAGGAGGCAUUUCCAGCCCCAAAGGAAAGAAGGACUAGUGUGGUAGACCCCAGAGAGAGCGAUCCCUUCUUCAUUACUGCCCCCUGCCCCCCAGCUGCCAGGACAUGGGACAGAGCCCUUCUCAGGGUCAUCUGGCGAGGAUGAGCAAACAGAGCCAGCCCGAGCGCAGAGUGGCGGCGAGGGCUCCCGCGCAGGACUGCUCCGGCCAGCCGCCGCCGUCGCCGCCGAGGAAGGACGUGGAGCUGCUUCUGGUGAAGGAGCAGAAUGGGGUCCAGUACACCAGCAGCAGCCUCCUGCCCGCCGCCUCCAGCCUGCGCUACAGCGCCGAGGGGCAGCCGGAGCGGGAGACCUGGGGCAAGAAGAUCGAUUUCCUUCUCUCGGUCAUUGGAUUCGCGGUGGACCUGGCCAAUGUCUGGAGAUUUCCCUACCUCUGCUACAAAAAUGGAGGGGGUGCCUUUCUUAUCCCCUACAUCCUCUUCCUAAUCAUUGCUGGAAUGCCUUUGUUCUACAUGGAGUUAGCACUGGGACAGUACAACCGGGAAGGGGCUGCUACAGUGUGGAAAAUCUGUCCAGUUUUCAAAGGUGUAGGCUAUGCCGUGAUACUCAUAGCUCUUUACGUGGGUUUCUACUACAACGUUAUCAUAGCUUGGUCUCUGUAUUAUCUGUUUUCAUCAUUCACAUUUGAGCUCCCCUGGACAAACUGCGGCAACAGCUGGAAUAGCCUAAACUGUACAGAUCCCAAACUCUUCAACGCCUCGGUGCUUGGCAAUGGCACCAAGUACUCCAAGUACAAACUCACUCCUGCUGCUGAGUUUUAUGAACGAGGUGUACUGCAUCUGCAUGAAAGUGGUGGAAUCCAUGACCUUGGCUCGCCCCGAUGGCAGCUCUCGCUGUGCCUCUUGGUGGUAGUAAUAAUUCUUUUCUUUAGUCUGUGGAAAGGAGUGAGGACUUCAGGAAAGGUUGUGUGGGUAACAGCCACUUUGCCUUACGUUGUAUUAUUUGUAUUGUUAAUCCAUGGAAUCACAUUGCCUGGUGCAUACAAUGGAAUAAAUGCUUACCUUCACAUAGAUUUCAGAAGGUUAAAAGAAGCUACGGUAUGGAUUGACGCAGCCACUCAGAUAUUUUACUCUUUAGGAGCUGGGUUUGGAGUUUUAAUUGCAUUUGCUAGUUAUAAUAAGUUUGACAACAACUGUUAUAGGGAUGCUUUGCUGACUAGUACAAUCAACUGUGUCACAAGCUUCAUCUCAGGAUUUGCAAUUUUCUCUAUACUGGGCUACAUGGCUCAUGAGCACAAAGUGAAAAUUGAAGAUGUAGCCACUGAAGGAGCUGGAUUAGUUUUCAUCCUUUAUCCAGAAGCCAUUUCAACUCUUUCAGGAUCAACAUUUUGGGCAGUGGUAUUCUUCAUAAUGCUUCUCACACUGGGCAUUGACAGUUCUAUGGGUGGAAUGGAAGCUGUCAUCACUGGCUUAGCAGAUGAUUUCCAAAUACUGAAGCGGCACAGAAAGCUUUUCACAUUUGGUGUAUCCUUUGGCACUUUCCUAGCGGCUCUUUUUUGUAUCACCAAUGGUGGAAUUUACAUCCUCACACUACUGGACACAUUUGCAGCUGGGACUUCAAUCCUGUUUGCUGUUUUAAUGGAGGCAAUUGGAGUUUCCUGGUUUUAUGGUGUGGACAGAUUCAGUGAAGACAUCCAGCAAAUGAUGGGCUUCAAACCGGGCCUCUACUGGCGACUGUGUUGGAAAUUUGUUAGCCCUGCUUUUUUAUUGUUUGUGGUGAUAGUCAGUAUUAUAAACUUCAAACCUCUGACCUAUGACGACUACACCUUCCCUCUCUGGGCAAAUCGCAUUGGCUGGGGAAUUGCAUUAUCUUCAAUGAUCCUCGUGCCUGCCUAUAUUAUCUAUAAAUUUCUGAACGUGCGUGGGACCUUUAAAGAAAGACUAGCUUACUGCAUCACACCUGAGAACGAACACCAUCUUGUGGCACAAGGGAACGUGAGGCAGUUUAAGCUUCAACACUGGCUAUCAAUAUGACAACUUGACAGGUUGAGGAAAAAGCCAAUACAUUAAACUAAACUGGGAUUAAAUGAAAAGUCAAGUUCAAAGCUCUCUUGAUUGUGCUUGGACCUGGCUGGCUCAGAGCUCAUCUACUGAUUCCUUUGAGGGAAGACAGCUUCUGCUCCCUGUUUUCUCUAUUACUUGGUUUCAAAUGAACUUACAGACUGGUUUUCCAUUUCCUUAUAUCUUUCAGUGCCAUGAGAUCCAUUCUUGAGCAAAUUUGUGAGCUUUGAUAGAGAUAGAAGUGGAGGAGGGAGCAGAAAAUCAUCAUUAAUUAAAGAAACUCUUGUCUUGGAGAAAUAAAUAAAAAAACAUAAUUCCUUUAAUAAUUCCUGCCACAACAUUGUUUAGAGACCAACUAUAUACUCAGAGAUGGAUGCAUCUCAAUUAUGAGACAAGAGUGACUUUAAGUGAACAUUCAUGCCAUUUGCUUUCUUUCAAGACUAUCCUUUGGAUAUAAUUUUGCAUCCUUCUGAAGUAAAGACUCAGUGCUUCACUUUCA